AUGAUGACGACAACGGCAAAGAAGAAGGGAAUUUCACAGAUUCGUAGAACAGACACGGCAUUAAAGCUUGCUGAGAAAUGGGUUGCCAAUAUGACAAAGUCUGCGGAGGAUGAACCUAUCGAGGCUGAACAAGAAGCUCGACCACACAGGCUUGGACUUGGUGCGAAAGUGUCACGGCAAACACAACGUGGACCCUCAGACAACCCUCUCGAUCAGAAACUACAAGCAAAGUUCGAUGCAGGAAAAAGAAAAGAUGCAAGAUCUAUAGCAGAAUCCACCGGUUGUAGUAAGAACGCCGGUGAUGACAGUGAAGAUGAUGAUGAAUUAGAGAGCAAAAGCCAAGCUUUCGGCAAGAAAAGAAAAAAUACAAAUUCGCGUCAUUAG